AUGAAAAACUCCCAAUCCCUACGUACUCUAACCAUCUUAGGAUGUGAUAACUUGAAUCCUUCAUUGAGUAAUAAUCUUGAGAAGUUCACAUUGCUCGAGCGGUUGUGGAUCCGUUCUCAUGACCCUGGUUGUUGGGCAAAGGGUCUACACCAUCUAGCCAACCUCCGCAAGUUAGAACUCUAUGGCUUCUCUGAUGACCUUGAUCAUUUGCCGUGGCCAGACUCCAUCACCAAUGUUGCCAGCUGUGCCAAGGAUGAUGCUGAUUCUGAAAAACAACAUCUCGUCUCUCUGGAGCGUCUUGAAUUGUCUGGAUGGCCAAAAAUCUUGUCUCUCCCAGACCAAAUUCAGCAUCUCGCUACCUUGAGAACCUUAAAGAUACGGGAGUUUGAGGGGUUGGAAGUUCUUCCAGAGUGGAUAGGUAGCCUUCGGAAUCUUCGAGGAUUGUGGAUUGCUAACUGCUCUAACCUCAGACAAUUACCCUCUGCAGAAGCAAUACAACACCUCACCAAUUUAAAUCGACUAGUUAUUGACUACUGCCCUCUUUUAGCAGAGAGAUGCACCAAAGGAAGUGGCGUAGAGUGGCCCAAGAUUGCACAUAUUCCCGAUAUUGAUAUCUUUCCGUUGAACAAAGUUUGA